UACUGCUCUGUGACAGUACAUUCUGGAUUUUAAGUCGUGAGGAUCUCUUGACAUAUGCAACAUGGAUCUGAAAGUGAUCGUAGUAGCAGCGCUGAUAACGGUGACAAUGUAUGGGUUCGUUUCACAGGCCAAGCCCAUCAGUCUGGUUGAGAGGUGCUGGUGCCGCUCUACUGUGAACACAGUGCCACAGAGGAACAUCCGUGAGCUUAAGUUUGUCCACACACCCAACUGUCACUUCCAAGUCAUUGCCAAGCUGAAGAACAAUAAAGAAGUGUGCAUUAAUCCUGAAACAAAAUGGCUGCAGCAGUACCUAAAGAAUGCCCUUGAAAAAAUGAAGAAGGCCAAACAGGCCAACUAAGGAGCUAGCUGGAUGUCAUGCCAGUUUGUCAGCUUAUCACCACAGAUAUGUACCACAUACUCUUCUGGCAUGCUUGCUGACCCAGCACUUACCCUGGCAAAUGCGUUUCCCUCUCAGUGACUCAGAGAAUGGCACACCAAAUCAUCAUCACAAACUCUGUUACUGCUAUAGGCUCCUCCUAUGUUAGUGUAAUGUGCAAUUAUAUAUGUGUGUGUUUUUAUACAUAUGAUAUGUAUAUACAAUGUUUUAUAUCAACUUUAUACAGUAAAGAGCUAUUUUUGGAGUUGUGUUUGCUCCUUGCCUGUGUGUUGUAGUGAGUUAGGCAGCACUGGAUGAACUGGUGAUGAUUUUGGAGCAAACAUCCAAAGCUCUGCAGACACUCAUGAUUUUCACAAUACAUCAAAUGAUUACAUCAUAUAAGAAAAAUCUGUGAAUGAUGUGGUGCAGAGCAGCAUAUGGCAUCAUGUCCAUUAAUAAGCACAAAUAGGAAAGGGACCUGACUUUCACCUGCGCUUUAUCAUCAUUUUUAAAUAAUCCAUAUCUUAAAUUUUUGUAACACUGCGUAUUGCAUGAGAAAGUCAUAUUAUAUAUGUAUGUAUGAAAAGUGAAAAGUUGCUUGUGUUUUUGUCCUCUGACCAAUAGAGUGUUAUUUUUAUGCAAACAUAAAGCAAGAGACCUUUGACUUUA